AUGGACCUGGGCUCAGAGCUCAGAGACCAAACCCACAUAGACCUGGGACCUGGAUUCAGAGCUCCGCCUCCUUCUGGACAGUUCCACGGCUCUUUACGGUUCGAGAGCAGCUUUGAUGUGAAUCAAAACCGCCUGAGCCUGAUCCCAGUCUCUCUGUUCAAAGAUGUGCUUUACAGCGAGGACAAGACCCUCAUUCUGGACGUGGGGUGCAACUCUGGGGAGCUGACAGUGGCAUUUUACAAGCACCUCCAGACAUCCAUGACAGAAGAAGAAAAGUCUCGCAAAGCUGUGCACAUUCUGGGUUUUGAUCUGGACGAGACUUUAAUCCAGAGAGCCAACGAGACCAACCCUUUUCCCAACAAUAUCGCCUUCAUUCACUUGGACAUUACAUCAGAUGCCGAGGCCCUGCAGGACUACCUCAAACAACAUGGCUGCUCUCGAUUCCACCUUUGUCUGUGUUUGGCUGUGACUAUGUGGGUCCAUCUAAAUCAUGGGGAUUCAGGUUUGCUCAAGCUGCUUUUUGACCUGUCUUCCUGCUCUCAACACCUUUUACUGGAAGCCCAGCCCUGGAAGUGUUACCGCUCUGCUGCACGAAGACUGAGAAAACUGGGCAUUCAGACAGGUCCCCCUGAGUUAGUGCACAACACGUCGAGAUUCAAGCGAUAA